GUGAUUGUUGGUGGCCUAAUAGCCAUGUUGUUGAGGAGAAAAGGUUCUCGUUGGUGGCCUAUAAGCCAUGUUGUUGAAUACGGUGAGGUUUUGGAUUCACAUGGCGAUGACAUUGAUGAGGUGACUUCACUCUUUAGGCUUUUCUAAAUGGCCGUCUCGAUCUUUUUCAAGCUGAGAAUGUAGGCAAGCUUGUAACAUCUAAGUCGAUGUCUACAGCAGAGGCUGCACUGGCAGGAUUGCAGAGGCAACGCGAGCAGCUCGUUCGAGAAAGAUCAUCAUAUUUCAGUUGGUUAUGGUGCUGUCAUUUCUCUCGAGAAUUCCAUUCAGCGUAUUCUAUAAUCAUCUCCCAAAUUUCACUUGUUCCUCCCUCUCCACAAGUUAUACGACCGGCCCAUGAGUCCAUAGAUCGCUUGUUAAAUGUUCUGCUAAAGUUGAACGACACCGGCUACAGAAAGAUCAGGAUGAUGGUGAAUGCUUUAGAUGAACGCGUCAAAGAGGCCAUGUGGGAAUUAGAAGAUUUACUAGAACCAUCUCACCCAUGAGAUUAUUCUACAACUCGAAAGAAGCUCGAAGGCGAGAGAUUGCUUGUCUUUCUCAGUGGAUCUGUUGAGUCUGCGACAGAGUGCUGAUAUCUUCGUCUGUAGGGUGACGAUGAUGGAGAUAUAUUAUACGAUGUUGAACUGCUUUAUAUGCUUGAAGAAGAAGACGAACCUAUUUCCUCAAGAAUUAAUUUUGGUGGAAUAUUUCCUCAAAGAUGGUGGAAAUUAUCUUCUUGGAGAUGGCAGGGGUUGGAAAGACAACUAUUGCCAAGAAACUUAACGAUCCAUCAACUCAGGUUAGAACGCUAUGUCUUUCAACGCCCAUGGUGGGAUAUAGAAUCAGAAUGUUUUUUGAAACUUAAGAUGCUUAUAAUGGAAGAUAAUGAUCUAGUGCGAUGGAGAGCUCAACAUGGAAGCCUCCGGUGCUUCACCUUCUAAGCAUACGACAUUGCGACAAACUACAAAAACAAGAUUGGACCCAUGAUCCCUUCUGCCAAGUAAUUAUCAGAAUCUCUCUUCCGUGUUCGUUGCCACUCUUCUUUUUGAGCCUACCAUUUCAUUAUACCACCACAACCAACCAACCGCCGUCACCAACUCCUCCCUCUUCACCACCGCCGCCACCGCCACCACCACCACCACCAACAAUUGCAGCCUACUCUGCCCUGAUCCUUCAUAUUUCCAUCAAGUGAUGGCGGCUUAUGCUGCAGCGGUCUCUCUCAAGAAUACGAUUCGGUGUAUUCUACAAUCGUCUCGCAUUUCGCUGGUUCCUCCCUUUCCACAAAUCUUACACCUGGCCUACGAGGCCAUGUGUCGUUUGCAGAAAGUAUUGCUGAAGUUGGACGACACAGGCUACAACAAGAUAAGGACGAAGGUGAAUGCUUUGGAUGAACAAAUCAAAGUGGCCAUAUGGGAAUUCGAAGAUUUACUCGAAUCUCAUUUCACCCAUCAGAUUCUUCCACAACUUGAGAGGGAUCACUCGUCUUUCUCUCUAGAUUUGCAGAAUCUGCGAGAGAGUGUUGAUAACUUCAUCGAGAGGGUGGCGGUGAUGGAGGAGGACUACGAUAUUGAACUGCUGAAUAUGCCUGAAGAAGAAAGCGAACCUAUCUCCUCAAGGAUUGAUUUUUGUGGAAUCAACUCAAAGAUGGCUGGAUCAUGUAAUUGUUAUAAGUUUACCAAGGAUAAUAUUCUUGCAGAAGAUCAAGGAAUUUGCUUUUCCGUUAUUGGGAUGGCAGGGGUUGGAAAGACAACUCUAGCUAAGAAAUUGUUUGACGAUCCAUCCAUUCAGACACAUUUUGAGCUUCGAGCAUGGGUCAAAGUUGGCAGAAAAUGUGAAUCCAAUGAAACAUUAAAAUGCAUUCUAGCUCAACUGGAUCCCAACACUCGCCAUCAAAUGCUUACCCAAGGAGAGGACGACGAAGACUUUGAGAAAUUAGUUGGAGUCUUGGAAGAGAGAUUGAAGGAUAAGAAGUGUCUUAUUGUGAUGGACGAUGUAUGGGAAUGGGACAGACGACUAAUGGAUAGAUUUCCAAAAGAGAAUGUCCGGGUCUUGCUUACAAGCAGGCUUAGAAUGGAAGGAUUUCCAUUUCUAAGAAUGUGCAAGUUAGAUGAAAAAGAAAGUAAGAAAUUGCUUGGCGAGAAGCUGUUUGGUGAGCAUGGUUUCCCUCCUCAUCUUGAGAAAUUGGGAGAGAAGAUUGUCAAAAAAUGUGAAGGUCUUCCGCUUUUGAUAGUCACGGUUGCAGAGCUUCUAUCCAAAGAAGACAUGACCACACAAUACUGGACUGAGGUAGCAGAAAAGCAACAUAAUACAGUUUUCAUGGAUGCUUAUGAUCAAAUAUCAGAGGUACUCUAUCCCAGCUAUGAAUACUUGCAUCAACAUUUGAAAAUGUUCUUUCUCUAUUUGGGAGCUUAUCCUCCAUAUAUUGAUAUCCAUAAAACUGAAUUUGAGCAUCAGAUGAUUGCUGAAGGAUUUCUUGAACCGAUUAGAGAACACACUAUACAAGAAUAUAUCAAGAAUUGCUUAGCUAUUCUUUUUGACUGGUAUAAUCUUAUUCUGCAUGAAGGCAAUUUAAAUUCUUGGUUUUCACAACACAAGUUGUGCGUGCAUUCUUGCUGGCAGCACGUGUGUAAGAAAGAAGCUAGUAAAACCAAGUUUUUGCAUGUCUUAAAAAGUUGCGAUGAAGUUAUGAAAGACCAACGUCGGUUAUGUGUCCAUAGGAACACUUUAUUUUCCUUCAAAGAAGUGUAUGAUUCAAUAAAAAGUGACUGUGCAUCUACUGCCCGUUCUCUCCUUUGUUUUGGUCCUUACCACAAUUAUCCAGUGCCAAUUCAUGCCAUGGAUUUCAAGUUGCUAAAGGUACUAAAUGCAUAUAGUAUCCGAUUUUACCAUAUCCCACUUGAAAUUCUGAAACUAGUUUGUCUGAAGUACCUUACCAUAACUUGCGACAAAGAGCUCCCUAAUUUAAUAUCCAACCUUUUUCACCUUCAAACGUUGAUUAUCAGAAGGCAUAAUAACAUUAAAAGGUGUGGAAUUUUGUCAUAUAUGCCAGUGGAAGUAUGGGGCAUGCAAGAACUACAACAUCUUGAGGUUAUUGGAAGAGACUUACCAACCCCUAAUUUUAAUGCUACUUUGGAAAAACUCUGUUGUCUUUGUAGUGUGAGUGUAAAGAGUUGCACUAGAGAAAUUUUGAAAAGAAUCCCGAAUUUAAUGAUAUUAGGAAUUCUGAUGGAGUUGAAGCCUUACGAUGACGGUGAUGCCAGCCCACUAAGUGGCUUGGAUAAUAUCUCUGAAGAACUCCUGAAUUUGGGGAAGCUUGUGUAUUCUGUAUCGAACCCUGAGAUGAAAUACGAGUGUAUGGUUCCUCUUUCAAUGUUCUCGUCAAGUCUGUUUAUGUUGGAAUUGAGUGGCUUAGGGUGUCCAUGGAAGCACAUGAAUGAUAUUGGUUCGCUGCUGCCAAAUCUUCGAGAUCUCAAAUUAGAACACUAUGCCUUUCGAGGACCAAAGUGGGAUAUAGAAUAUGGUUGUUUUAAGAAACUUGAGACACUUGUAAUUGAAGAUACUGAUCUAGUGCAAUGGAAAGCUCUACAUGGAAGCCUUCCAAUGCUUCGCCUCCUAAGCAUACGGCAUUGCUACAAAUUAAAGCAACUCGAUUGGAUGCGUGAUCCUUCAACGGCCACAAAGACUACAAUUGAAUUAGUUGAGUGCAGUCCCUUAGUUGCCGGUUCGGUCUGGCGAUUAAAGAAAUCUCUCUUUAAAGUUCUUUGGUACUCUUCUUUUUUAUAGAUGAGUAGUCUUUGCUAGACUCUCAACUCGGUUCUGGAAAAUGAGAGAGCAGAAGGGAUAAGACGUCGAGUUAUCCCAUCAUUUUAAGGAUUGUGAUUUGUUAUCGAGUCCGUUGUAUUUUAAAGUCGUUUUCUGUAGUCGAGUUAUAAUCGUGUGUGGGCAUAUUAUAAGCUCCUUCAUGGGUUAUUCUUCGGUUGGUUCUUUUCCCACGUCGU